AUGAUGUCCACUGUUGGCAUGCUCUGCAUCUCUCCUCAGAUACAUUUUUGGUUCAAGUUCCUUGACACUACCAUACCUGGCACCUCAAACCCCAGGAUCCUAGCCAAGCUUGCCUUGGACCAGCUGUUGUUCUGUCCUUAUAUCAUAGCGUGCAACUUUGGCGCAGUCAACCUCUUCAAGAACAAAGGACACUUUGACAUGGAGGCCUACCAGUACAAGUUGAACAACGAGUUGUUUGCAUCACUGAAACAAGCAUGGAUGAUAUGGCCACUGACCAACUUUGUACUCUUCAAGUACGUACCCAUCGACUACAGACUGCUGAUAUCAAACUUUGUCAGUGUCUAUUGGAAUGGCUAUCUAUCGAUCAUUGGCAAUAGAGAGACGACCAACAAACACGACGUGGUGUUGGUUGAACCUACAACGACAAAGCCACAUACAGAUUGA